UAUGGCUCAGAUUGAGAUGCUUUGCGACCGCGUGGCCUUCCUGGAAUCCGGCAAGAUCGAGGCGAUGGGUGACAUGCAGCACAUGGAUAGGAAGUACGGCGGCUGCUAUCAUGUCAUCAUCAGGCUGCCACUGGAGAAGCGCAACAGCGUCUCCCUUAUCAACCGCAUCUACUUCGCGAUGAUGGAGUUCCACCAAUGCGAAUUCAUGUACAACUACAAGGGCACUCUCAAGUUCAACGUGGGCAAGACGUACACGACGUGGGGCGAGCUAUUCUCCCUGCUCGUGUCCACCAAGGAGAAGGAGAAGCUGCCCGAGUUCUCCGUGAGCGACAUCCCGCCCGAGGAGAUAUUCGUCGGCCUCUCGCGACGGCAGCUCUUCUUCUCCUUCCGGAGGCCGCGCACAAACUUGAGCCGCAUGCCGUCGCACGUGGACAGCCCGCCGGCAGCCUUCGAAGAAAAGAGAAAAUGAUUGACUCA